GGGGAAGGGGGCGAAGAUGGCCGUCAUGCCAAACGCCGGAGGAUCACCAGAGCUGCGACUAAAGCAGCUCAAUAUACAGCCCUUGUUAACCAGGAGACGGAAGCUCCGAGUGUCAGCAAUGUGAAGUGUGCCACAGCUGUGGGAAGCAACAAAUCAAACAAGGAUGAGCCCUCCGAGAUUACGAUUGUUCCUCAGCCUGAUCCCGAUUUCAGAAUGAGAGUCAAAAGGGGCGCUGGUAAUCCGUAUGGGUUGACCCCUGGAUACUCACCUUACCCACACCGAUCAGGACCUACUCCCGAAGCAUGCGAGAAAGUCCACACAAUCCUGACCGAGCUUCAUGGCCAUGUGACUCAACCACGAAAGGCCCCAGCCCCAUCACUCGAGGUUGCUGGGUGUGGUGAAGUGCCCUCGGUGCUAGAUGCCUUGCUGCGAACGCUCAUAAGCGGCAACACUCUGAUGGCCAGAGCUGACGAGGCUAUUAGAGGGUUGGUGAAGAAAUUCGGUAUUCUCGAGGAUGGCAUCGGCGCUGGUAGCAUCAAUUGGAACAAGGUCCGACUCUCCUCACUGGAGGAUCUCGUUGGCGCUAUCAAACCAGCUGGAUGCGCACAGGUUAAGGGGGGGCAGAUCAAGGCAAUUCUGGACAUGGUCCAUGAGGAGAAUAUGGCACGGGCAGAGGCACACAUGGAAGCCAAGGCCACGGAGACAGACGCCCCUGUGGCAGGCGCGGAGAACGAGUCUGAAGGCCAGAAGGCGUUGGAGGUGGAGAAGGCAAGCCAAAGCAUCCUCUCUCUUGAUCAUUACCACAGCAUGAACAGAGAGGAUGCCAUGGCUGGAUUCCUGAAAUAUCCAGGUAUCGGAGUCAAGACAGCUGCAUGCGUCAUUCUCUUUUGCUUGCGUAUCCCCUGCUUUGCAGUCGACACCCACGUCCACAGGUUCUGCCAAUGGCUAGAAUGGGUCCCCGCAAAAGCCACUGAACUGGACAGCUUCAACCACGGCGAGUUCAAAGUCCCAGACCACUUGAAGUACGGGUUGCACCAGCUCUUUAUCCGCCAUGGCCAACAAUGCUUCAAGUGCCGAAAGGCAACCAAGCCGGGCACAAGCGACUGGAAUGAGGCGCCAGACUGCCCCCUUGAGCACCUGCUUGACAGAAGCAAGGACAGAGACAAGGAUAUGGAAGGAACACCCGAGACGUUGGAGGAGUAGCCGCCCUAGGAGGAGAAUGGAGUAUGGCUUGCUUGCUUGUGACAAGGUGCCUGGGAUCUCAAAUUCUGACCUGCCAGAUUAGGAGAUUAUAAAGAAGAUACCUACCUACCUAGGUACCUAGUUUUGGCGACUUAGAAAAUUCACUCCACUCUGCUCAGAUCUGGUUCCUGAUUCUUAGCUUUUUUAAUCUCUGCCAUCCCAGGACAGAUCCUUGAUUCCAUUGUACGGAUCUGUAGAGAGGGAGAGGUUGAGGAAGGUCAGAUACCUUAGCUCUUUGGGUUCCGUGGCAGCUGCGCACAGCUGCAAAUACCCCACUAUCAC